AGGUUCCAGGGCUGGAUCGGCCAUGACAAGGAGUCGGUCAACGGCAAGCUCGUCUGGGGCGACUUUGAGCCCAAGCGGUGGGAGGAGACCGACAUUGACAUCAAAAUCACACACUGCGGCAUGUGCGCCAGCGACCUGCACACUCUUUCCAGCGGAUGGUACAAGUCGCCCUACCCCAUCGUCGUCGGCCAUGAGAUUGUCGGACGCGUCGUGCGCGUGGGCUCCAAGGCCGUGGGCAACCACAAGGUCGGCGAUCGCGUCGGCGUUGGCUGCCUGACAGACUGCUGCAUGUCGGUGCAGGACAAGCCCUGUGACCGCUGCGUCGAGCGCCAGGAGAACUACUGCCUCAAGUCGCGCUGGACGUACCCAGGCCCGCACCACAACGGCGACAAGGGCUGGGGCGGCUAUGCGACACAUCACCGCUGCCCGGGCCGCUUCGCGUUCAAGAUCCCAGACGCCAUCGACUCGGCGCAGGCCGCGACGCUCAUGUGUGCCGGCAUCACCAUGUACGCACCCCUCAAACACAACAACAUCGGGUCCGGCAAGUCCGUGGGCAUCGUAGGCAUCGGCGGGCUGGGCCACUACGGCGUCCUGCUCGCCAAGGCCAUGGGCGCGGACCGCGUCGUGGCCAUCUCCCGCAAGCGCUCAAAUAGGGAUGAGGCCCUCGCCCUGGGUGCC